AUGUUCGAAGCGCGUCUUCUCCGCAGUUCCAUUUUGAAGAAGGUGUUGGAAGCGAUCAAGGAUCUCCUCACACAGGCCACAUUUGAUUGUGACGACAAUGGGAUACAAUUGCAGGCAAUGGACAACUCCCAUGUGUCACUGGUUUCCCUCACACUCAGAGCUGAUGGCUUCGACAAAUACAGAUGUGAUAGGAAUAUCUCCAUGGGCAUGAAUCUAGGAAGCAUGUCAAAGAUUCUGAAGUGUGCUGGCGACAAGGACACAGUAACAAUCAAGGCACAGGACAAUGCAGACACAGUCACAUUUGUGUUUGAGAGUCCCAACCAAGAGAAAGUGUCUGAUUAUGAGAUGAAGCUCAUGAACUUGGAUCUUGAACAUUUGGGAAUUCCUGAGACUGAAUACAGCUGCACCAUCAGACUGCCAAGUGGUGAAUUCGCGCGUAUCUGCCGUGAUCUCUCACAGUUUGGAGAGUCUAUGGUGAUAUCUUGCACCAAAGAAGGAGUCAAAUUCUCAGCCACCGGCGACAUUGGCUCAGCUAACAUCAAACUAGCGCAGACAGCGUCAAUCGACAAGGAGGAGGAGGCAGUAGUUAUUGAGAUGGAGGAGCCAGUCACUCUCACAUUCGCCUGCCAGUACCUCAAUUACUUCACUAAAGCCACAUCACUCAGUCCGCAGGUACAACUUUCAAUGUCGGCUGACGUACCACUUGUCGUCGAGUACCGCAUUCCAGACAUUGGUCACAUUCGCUAUUACCUAGCACCCAAGAUUGAGGAAGAAGAUAGUUGA